AAUCGUCUGGGGCCUUGAACAAAACAAUUUCUUGCAAAAUAAAGCCCUUUUGAAUGUGUUGUCCAUCUCUACAGUAAGCUGGUUUUUCAACUUGCGAGGAACACUCUGAACAAAAAUGAUAUACUGCGAAGAGAGAUAAACGGAUCAACUUACAGGAAAUCUCAGUGUACACCCCCUCAGAAUGUCGGCCGAUAGGUAUACUGUGGGCAGGCUCAUCCAACAAUUAGAGAACUACGAUGAGAAACAAACACUUGAAUCUUUAUUGGAACGGGAAGAGGUAUGUAAUGCCCCUCUAUUGGGAAGCAUGGGGAGAUGUAACUUGGUUCGCAGUUCACAAGCCUCCUCCAUGGCAUUUACACAUCCCUUUCAGCCGAGUCGAAAAGCACCGCUCAAGAAGUGUUUCGCAAGACCAAUGUAACCAAAAAGAAAAGGACUAAAAGUACAGCAUUGGUAAUAAUUCUCGGGAUUCACAACAUUGCUCUACCCCCCAGCAUACAAACUCAAUAUCAAAUAUGGAAGGAGAAUCCAUCACAACUUUGGCGGGCCCUUGAUGGUCAAAAUUCCGAACAAUCAAUCGAGGUUGCCGCUAUUGAAGCAUACCUUGUGGCUCAACAUCUCCGUCUGCGACAGGUAUAUAAUGUCAUUCUUUGGAGGUUCUACGUGAGCUUCUUUUACCAACUCGCAUUGUUGCUAGGGCAUGGACAGAAGGUUAUGACGAAUAAUUUGCAUAACAUCCUCUAUGAACGUCUCGUCAAAGCGAUCACACAAUCCAAGAAGAUCAAUGAUGACAUUACCGUCAUCAAAGCGAACUUACAACUCUGGGUAGCGGCAGGGGCUAGGUAUAAUAAAAUAUGUACAGCUCUCGAUAAAGGCGCAUUGUUCCUGAUUCCACAGAUACCCGAUGAUGUGUAAGCCGAUAUCUUUGCUUCCCCCAUAAAACGAGCAUGCUAAUCAUCCAGAUGGGAAAAUCCAAACUCUUUGAAAGGUGCAGAAUUCGAUGAGGCAAUGGCCCAUUUGAAAAGUCUAGGUAUCAUGACGCUUUCAGAUCAGCUUGGGGCCGAUAAACUUGCCAACCAGAUUCUAAAUUCUGCUCUUGAUCCUUUUCGGUGGGAUGUAGUAACGACACUUAAUGUCAAUCAACCUAUUGAGCCAAGGACUUCCUUUGCUACUGAACCGGGGACUCCUGCUGCCAAUCUAUCUAUAGAACCAAGGAUUUCUUUUGCCAGUUCACCUACCCAGCUGAUGACCUUUGCUGCGAAUAUAUCUGUGGAACCAAGGACUUCUACAGCAAAACCGAACUCCAUAUCUUCACUUUUAAAUCCAGCAUAGGCGACAUAUCAGUCAGAAUUAUCUCCAACUAGAACUUUAAUAGAGCAUCCUGGUGCGCUAAGGGAUCACAAUCAGAGCUGGUGUCUCGAAAAUGGAAGUGUGUUAACCCAGUAUCAGCCGCAUCCUGCUCGCCCCUACCAACCUCAGGAAGUCAUAGUGAAUGCGGUUAGUCUGGAUAAGCUAACGGUCGUUUUUUUUUGGAAAAUUCCUUCUCGAUAGUAUGAUGAACAGCCACAGGAGACAUCAGGAUUAGAGGGAAUGUACUAACACUGUAUCUUUGCAUGCUCCGUUUCUGAACCCAGGUUUAUGAUGUAUGGGUGGUUCAUCUGUUGAGAAGGAAAUUUUACAGGCCACUGACAGUGAGAUCAAUUGCGGACGUUAGAGGUAGCUGAGCUACUUGGCAGUACACCAAUCAAGGAUAUAAAGGGCAAGAAGAAUUGAAACAGGAAAAACCAAGAGGUAUUUUUGCAAUCAAGGGGCUACUAGUGUGAAAGAUAUUGGGUUUCUGCAUUGGCAAAUCUGUGAAUUUGAAUAAUGACUCUGUCCCAAAUAGACAACCGUCACAUGCCCGAAACAGAAACCAUAUAAGUCUUUUGCUGUUGAUCGAAGAGUCGAUGGUGACAUUCCAUCUGUGUUAACGUUCGCAUGUUCGCGGUUUGCAAGGAGCUUUUCAAGUGAGAAUUUGCAGUUGUAGUAUUUUCAAGAAACUAAGUUGAGGAUAAAAAAGUAACGUUU